AUGCCGACGGACAGCCAGACCGACGAGGCCACCCAGACUGCGCGCGACGAGCAAGACCGCGCAGACGACGUGCACCUCGUUUCGUAUACCCUCCGCGUGCAGUCGUUGACCGUCCAGGCGCCGCCGCCUGGUGUCCCCCUUCCUCUCCCAAUUCCUGUGGAACUCCCCCCAGGCAUCGCGAGACGCGUCCUCGGUACAAAGUCUGUGCAGGAGCCGCAAUUGCUGCUGGAAGAUGUGAGCUUGGAGUGCAAGCCCGGAGAGGUCUUGGCGAUAAUCGGCGCAAGUGGCUCCGGCAAGUCUACACUGCUCAACGCAGUCGGCAGGCGUACCGGGGGUCUCAAGACACUUGCUGGUUCCGUCACCAUCCACCCCACAUCCACCACAAGGAUCAAGGCCGCAGAUGCGAUCGGCUUCGUGCCACAGGAUGACUUGCUGCUAGCAUGCCUGACAGUUCGUGAGACGCUGCGCUUUGCAGCGGGAGGAAAGAACGAGGCUGUUGAGAGGACCAUUGAGGAGCUUGGUCUACAGAAGGCAGCAGACACGCUCGUCGGUGGAGGGUCGUCAGGUAGGAAAGGCAUCUCAGGUGGUGAGCGGAGAAGGCUCUCGAUCGGUUGUGUGCUCGUGAGACAGCCGAGCGUUCUCAUCCUGGACGAGCCGACAACUGGGCUCGACACCACCGCCGCCUUCUCCGUACUCUCCCUCCUCUCCUCUCUCGCGCGACGGAACCGCACCGUGAUCAUGUCGAUCCACCAGCCGCGCUCCGACGCCUACCCGCUCUUCGACCGGCUCUGCCUGCUCUCGCGCGGCCGCGUCGUCUACUCGGGGCUGCGCGCAGACGUGCUCCCGUGGUUCGCAGAGCUCGGGCACGCGUGCCCGCCCCAGACGAACCCGCUCGACUUCCUCAUCGACGUGAGCGCGGUGGACUCGCGCGACGAGGAUGCGGAGAAGGCGAGCCAGGCACGCGUGGACAGGCUCAAGGCCGCGUGGGCGGAGAGGGAGAAGCGCGCGGAGGCGGGGGAAGCGGAGAGGAAGGGCGAGGGCGAGGAUGUGAGCGCGGGUGUGGAGAAGGGGCGCAAGUCGAAUAGACCGGGCUUCGUCAAGCAGGUCGUCGUGCUGACGAACCGGGCGUUGAAGAACGUGUAUCGGGACCAUGGGCUGCUCCUGGGGUUCCUGCUGCAGGUCACUGUCAUUGGCAUUAUGGCAGGUCUUACGUUUCUCAAUCCGCCCGAGACACCUGCUGGCAUACAGACACUUAAGACGGUCUACUACCAGGGGAUCGUCAUGUUCUUCUACUUAUCAUUUAUUCUCUAUAUCUACAUAGACUGCGGGCAGCUCGUGGUAUUUGACCGUGAGCGCGAGGAUCGACUAUAUGACGUACUGCCCUGGGUGUGCAGCCAUUUUCUUGCCUUCCUGCCCAUCAAUAUUAUCGUACCGACUCUAUAUGCUAUAAUUCUAUAUUUCAUGUGCGGUUUCAGGCACGAUAACCUCGCAAGAAACCUAUUCAUCUUUAUUGGAAACUGUAUAUUGCAACAGCACGGCUCAUUCGCAUAUGCCCUUCUAGCGGCUGCGAUGGACCGUAAUUUCGCACAGGCAUCCCUUAUUGCGAACGGACUCUCGAUCGCCAUGUUCCUCAGCGCGGGUUACCUGAUCGUGAACCUCCCUGCAUAUAUUGGCUGGAUGAAGUGGCUGUCCCCGUACUUCUACGGCUUCAGAUGGACGGCGAUCACACAGUUCCGAGGCAGAGUCUUCUCAUGUCCUGGGAUCGAAGGUGUGGAACGGAACCAAUGUAUCGGCGACAACGUUCUCGUCGGUCUUCGAUUCAACCUCAAUACGCCCCUCUGGGUCUAUCCAGUUGGCAUCGUCGCCUUCGUCGUCGUCGUCAUGGGUAUGGCCAUCGCCCUACUACAGUUCUACCAUCCCGGCGGUGUCAAACACGCCAAGAACAAGCUCUCCUCCUCAGAGCGGCACAAGAAGCCCGCGAAGGUCGAGGAGGCGCAGACGCUGAAGCGCGAGCCGGUCGACGUCGAGCUCAAGGAGAUGGGCAUCGUCGUCAAGGGCGGACUCCUCCUGGGCACCGAGCGGAAGAGCAUAUUGGAGGGCGUGGACGUCACGUUCCGGCCGGGGCGUCUGACCGUCGUGCUGGGGCCGUCGGGUGCGGGGAAGAGCUCGUUGCUGGAGGCGAUUGCGGGACAGCUGCCGCCGUCGCGCUUCUCGGUGACAGGUUCCAUACUCUUCAAUGGUAGGGCCGCUGCGUCGAGGCACAGUGAGCAGGUCGCGUUCGUGCAGCAGAGCGAUCAGUGGUUGUUGCCCGCACUCACCAUCCGCGAGACGUUGCACUAUGCUGCAGAGCUCCAGCUACGCGGCAUGAGCAAGGCUGCAAAGAGGGAACGCGCGGAAGAGGUCAUGAGGGCGAUGGGCCUCACGCCUGUCGCCGAUCAUGUCGUUGGUGGAGAGACAGUGAAGGGUAUCAGCGGUGGUGAGAAACGCCGCCUGGCGCUCGCCGUCCAGCUGCUCGCGGACCCCUCCGUGCUGCUCGCCGACGAGCCGACCUCCGGUCUGGAUGCCUUCUCCGCGCUCUCCGUGAUCGACGCCCUCCGCGCACUCGCUCGCUCCGGGCGCACGGUCGUGGCCUCCGUGCACCAGCCGCGCUCGGAGGUGUGGACGCAGGUGGACGACGUCGUCGUGCUUGCCGCGGGCGGACGCGUCGUGUACGUCGGGGACAAGAAGGGCGUCGUCGACUGGGUGGAUGGUGUGCGCGGCGUGCCGAUGCCCGACUGGUGGAACCCCGCGGACUGGGUCGUCGACGCCGUGUGCGGGGAGGGCCGGGACGCGCUCGUCCAGGCGUGGCAGAAGGACCAUGAGCUGAAGCAGGUGGAGGAGGAUGCGCCGCCGUCGGAUGCGUCGCCCGUGCCGAGUGGUACCGUAGUCGGUGUGCCGAAGAGGAAUGCGUCGGAGUAUGCGCUUCCGGUGGUUCUGAGUCGUAGCUGGAAGAACCUGCGGAGGCAGCAGGAUGUCUUUGUGGCGCGGCUCGCGAAUCCGCCGUUUCUCGUCCUCGUCUUCUGGUUGUUCUUCUUGCGGCUUGGGCAUGGGCCAGCAAGUGCACAAGAUAGGAUUGGUCUGUUGAUGGAGAACAGUGCCAUGCCCUUCGUUGGAAUGCUUGCGUCUAUUGCAAUAUAUCCUGCCGAGCGGGAUGCGUUCUAUAGGGAAUACAAGAACCCUGCCUCCCGUUACGGCGCCGCUACGUUCAUCAUCUCAUACACGAUUCAAGAGGUCCCGAUGCAAUUUUUGGCUGCCAUGAUCUACUCCGUCGUCAUGAUGGCCGGUAUGGGUUUGCAGAUUGAUGCUCGAAGAUUCUUUGAGUUCUCCUUCGGCAUUUUUGGUCUCAUCAAUUUCGGGGAGAGCAUCGGAGUACGCUGGGUGAUUAAUGGAGGCCUCUCCGUAUCUCUGGUAUCGUGUGCUUUGACGGUGCUCGCGCAGACGUGUGGAAUCAUUUCCGUGACGCUCCCUCGCUGGCUUGCAGUCAUUGCAUGGGGAAGUGCGCUGACCUACCAAGCACGUGUUGCAUUCAUCAACGAGUUCAGUGGCUUGGUCUUCGACUGCACACAAGAACAACUUGCCUCUGGGGAGUGUCUUGCAGCGACGGGCGAUCAAUUGAUUGAGACAUUCGGCUUCAAGGACCGCAACACAGCGAAGUUCACUGCGCUUCUGCUCGUGAUUGUAGUGAUCUACAGAUUACUCGCCUAUGCGGCCGUCCGCGCCAGGGUCGCACUGUUGUGA